CAACCACUCCUAGCUCCGCCUUCUGAAUCCAUUGCUGUUGUUAUAAAUUCAGGAAGGUCUAUCCACUGGCUCAGAAUGCUUCUGGAAACACCAUGGCCACUUAUGUGGAGCUCAGCACCAAAGCCAAGAUGCCCAUUGUGGGGCUGGGCACUGCAAAGUCAACUGCAGCAGAAUUGAAAGAGGCUGUGAAGAUAGCCAUUGAUGUAGGAUAUCGUCACUUUGACUGUGCCUAUAUCUAUCAGAAUGAGAAGGAGGUGGGGGAAGCCAUCCAAGAGAAGAUUAAGGAGAAGGCUGUAAAGAGGGAGGAUCUCUUCAUUGUUAGCAAGUUGUGGAUCACUUUCUUUGAGAAACCCUUAGUGAGGAAAGGGUUUCAGAAGAGCCUCGAGAAUUUACAACUGGACUAUCUGGAUCUCUAUCUUAUUCACUGGCCCUGUGGAAUCCAGUAUAUGGAUAACAUUCAUCCUCUGAAUGAAGAAAGCAAUCUAAGCUCCAGUAAAGAAACAUUUAUGGAUAUCUGGGAGGCCAUGGAGAAACUGGUGGAUGAGGGGUUGGUGAAAGCUAUUGGGGUCUCCAACUUCAACCACCUCCAGAUUGAAAGACUGUUGAACAAACCAGGGCUGAAACACAAGCCAGUAGUUAACCAGAUUGAGUGUCACCCAUACUUGCCACAGAAGAAACUGAUCCAGUACUGCCACUCCAAUGGUAUUGCCAUCACUGCCUACUCUCCUCUCGGAUCUACAGAUAGAAUUUGGCCAUCACCAGACGAUCCUGUCCUACUGGAAGAUCCCAACAUAAAGGCAAUUGCUCAAAAGCACAACAAAACUGUAGCCCAGGUCCUGAUUCGAUUCCAUAUCCAGAGGAAUGUUGUCUGCAUCCCCAAGUCAGUGACUCCAGCACGCAUCAUCGAGAAUUUUAAUGUCUUCGACUUUAAACUGAGUGAUGAGGAGAUGGAGACUCUUUCAAGCUUCAACAUAAACUGGAGGGCCUACAAGUUAAAAUUGUUUUCUCAUUUGAGGGAUUAUCCCUUCCAUGAAGAAAUCUGAAACUAAAUCUCUGGAUAUAAUUACCCUGCACUUGUCUUGAUUGAAGUGAUACUCUUUCCAGCAGAAUCCUUAUUGGCCAAGCUCACCUGAAAUUAGAGAGUCUAUAAGCAGUGUUAGAUUUACAUUGGUAUGCUCAGCCAGAAGCAAAUUAUCACAGGGAAAUCGAACAUAAAUAAGAAAACUAUUAUAUUUUUUACUUUGAUCCGGCUUUGGAAAAUAUCUGCUAACAAUGAAGAUGGAAGAAAUACAAUCUGCAUAUACAAAGAGUUUACUUUGCACCAAUACCAAUCUGAAAUGCUUUUGCAUAUGAGAUAAUUGAGCUCUUCAUUUACUACCUCUGGGACUGGUAAUCUACAUUGGAAAUAAAUAAAAAUUUUGACAGUG